GGGAACCUGCCUGGACUGUACCGGGAGCCAGGGGCUGGUAGCACGUGCAGUGUCACAGCCCUGCAGUUGGACACACAGAUAAGCCGGCGGUGCCGUGGGAGGACGGGCGGCUGGAGGUCACUGGGAACAGUUAAAAGCAGUGAGGACGCCCAGAGAGACCCAUUCCCACGGGAUUCUGCCAUCCCGAGCGGAUCAGCGUGCUCUGACAGGAUGCUGGGCCUGGCUUUGGCCGUGGGGGUCCUGCUGGCCCUGGUGGGCUGCACGGCCACGGAGCACUGUGGUGAGUGGGAGAGGGUGGAGACUCCGGAGAGCCCGUGGAUGGGCCAGGGGAUCCCAGUGACCUUCCCUGACCUUCCCUCUCCUUCCAGCGGCCCCACAGGACCUGGUCUGCCGGUUGCUCCAGAGCAUGGAGGGCUCCAUCAAGCCCGGAGAGCCAUGACCUCAGGACAGGUGGCUCAGCACGUCCUCGCCCUCCUCUCGUCCUGCCAGGACCCCCGGCAGGUCCAUGCCCUGGGACAGACCAUCGACCUGAUCUCCAUCCUGCAGCAGAAAACGGAUGAGGAGAUGGCCGUGCUGGAGGACAAGGGCCAUCCCAAAACCACCCUGUUCAGCGUGAGCCUGGACACCACGGCCCUGUGCCUGGCCAGGGCAGAUGGGUACCGGGGACCAGCAGUGGCCUUGGCCAAGGAGGUGCUGAGCCCCAACAGCCCCAUCAGUGUGGACACCUGUGCCGUGGCGGUGCUGGCCCUGCUGUGCGCCCACGGCAACGUGGAGGACCUGGAGGUGCGGGAUCUGCACCACGAGGCAGUUUGGACGGUGACCAACGACUUCCUGGAUGAGCAGGAGGAGAGGAACGGCCUGAUCGGGAACAUCUACAGCAUGGGGCUGGCCCUGCAGGCACUGGAGGCCUCAAGGGACUUUUACGCCCCUCGGGACUGGGAUUGUGCCCAGGCCUUUGCCGUGGUGACCAACCACACCUUUGAGCUGCCCAUGGCCAUCGCCCAGGUGCUCCCGGCCCUCGUGGGCAAGUCCUACCUGGAUGUGGCCACGCUGAACUGCGGUGCCCCCACGGAUCUGUGCCCAAGUCGGGGGACACACAGGGUUCCCACAGGUAUGAUGAGCCCACCUGGAGCCUCCCAGACCCCACGGGAGUCCCAGGACAUCACAGUGCACUACUCCAUCACCAACAAACUCCAGGGAAUCCCCUGGCACUACAGCAUCUCAGUGACGGUCCCAGGUGACUCCACACUGCUCGAGGUGCUGGAGAGGGCGGAGGAGAUGGAUCCCGAAAACUUUAGCUUCAGGACAGAGCAGACAUCCUGGGGUCCCUUCGUGGUCUCCAUCCACGGGCUGGCUGGAAGUGACAAUGACAGGACCUACUGGCAGUUCCUCAGCUCUGGGAAACCUUUGGAUCAAGGGGUCGGAACCUACAAACCACACUCUGGGGAGCACAUCCAGGCCGUGUUCAGCACCUACUGAAGCCACCAAGAG